CUUGAUUCUAUGAAGUGAUUGUUAAACCUACUUUUUAUUGAUAACGCAUAUAUAUCUCCAAAACCAGGAAGUGGUAGAUAACAAAUAAACGAAUCGAAUAACAUUUAACUGAUUUUGGAAUGGCUAAGUAUAAAGUGAAGGUCGGUAUAAUCGGUGGUUCUGGUUUGAAUGAUCCUCAAAAUCAGAUCCUCAAUUGUAGUACAAUAACUACCCGAUUAGCGGCAAAAAAUGAUUUUGGAGUACCUUCUAGUAAUCUGUAUCAUGGAAAUAUUAACGGUGUAGACGUGGUAUUAUUAUCAAGACAUGGACCAGGUCAUACGAUAAGCCCUACUGGAGUAAAUUAUCGUGCAAACAUUGAAGCCUUGCGAUUAGCUGGAUGUACUCACAUACUUGCAACUGCAGCAUGUGGUUCCUUGCAAGAAUUCAUUUGCAAAGGCCAGUUAGUGAUCCCGGAUAGUUUUAUAGAUAGAACAAUCAAAAGACACGUGACUUUUUACGAUGGUACUUCACCCAAAUAUCCAGGUGUAUGCCACAUGCCAAUGGAACCGGCUUUUAAUCCAGAGACAUCAAAUAUAUUACUCGAAGUUGGCAAGGAACUGGGAUACGAAGUAAAAAAUGGUGGAACCAUAGUGGCUAUAGAAGGACCUCGUUUUUCCUCAAAAGCUGAAAGCAAUGCUUUACGUCUAUGGGGUGGAGAUUUAGUUGGUAUGACUACAUGUCCGGAGGUAUAUUUAGCAAAAGAAGCAGGACUUCUGUACGCGAUUAUAGCAAUGGCGACAGAUUAUGAUUGUUGGCGCGAUUGUGGAGAUAAUGUUCAUGCAAGCGACGUAGUACAAGUGUUUAAAAAUAAUAUCGUUAAAGUAACGAAUCUGCUUACAAAAGCAACUAAAAUUAUAGGCGAACGGAAUUGGGAUAAUGAAAUCGAUGCUUUGAAGGAAUUGUGCAGAGAUAGUAACGUUUCUUCUUAAAGUUUAUUAACUUUUAAUAUUACUAUAUUUAUACAUUACUACAACAGUAUCAACAAAAUAACAAUUUCAUUUUAAUACCAACAAUUUCAAUUCGUACACUUUAUAUUUAAAGGUUUUGGGAACAUUAUUGUUGAUUUUAAUAAAUGAAUAUAAUGACAAUAACUUUGCAUUUAUUAUUUAAUACCAUUUAUCUAUGCAGUUUAUAGAAGCAAAUAAACUAAAUGAUCAUUUUCGUUUAUUUAUGGAUUCAACAUACAUUUAUCGUUUGGCUAGUAUUGUCAUCACUAUAACUGAAAUAUUGUUUUUACAACUGGAACUUGUAAAAUUAUAUAAGAGGGAUAUAAUAUUCUAAUUAAUUUUAUGGUAUAUAAACUAAUUAGAGGUGUACGAUAAUUUGAAAAUAUCGGGCCAGAAGUUUACCUUGGGAUUAGGACGGGUUCCUGGAACUUUCAGGAUUUACAAGAGAGUUAGGAUCCUCGACAAUGUUCAUGAUUUUACUUUAGUAACUAAAAUCAAAAUAAAAUCUUGAGCAUUUUUAAGAAUGCUGACGCUAUCGGGAAUCCUGAUUUUUUAUGGGAACCCAACCCAAUCCGUCCUUACCAUCGGUUUCCCGACAUUUUCCGAUCCCUGCACACUUCUAAAAAUAAUACAUUUUCAGAAUUAUCAGUAUGAUACAUAGAACGUUUAAAACGUAUAGAAUAUGUCAAUCGCAUAACAUAGGAAAAUUCUAUUUUUAUACAAAUUUUAAUCAACGAUGAUAAAAUUUCGUUCCCUUUGUUAAUAAUGUUUAAUAAUAAUACUUCGAGGUUCAAACUACCGGUUUCGCGAUUUCGUAACUUUUAUUUAGUACGUAAUUGUACAAUAUGCACCAUUGAAAUAGUAAUUUCGAAUGAAUUCGAUAAAAUAACUUUCUGCGGAACGAUAUCCAAAUAAUACUUAUUUUACUAGUUGCCACGUAGCAUGUGUAAUACGAAGGCCUUUGAACGAAGACAGAUAAAGCAUCAUUUUGAUCAAUAUUAUCAUUUUCUAUGUUUUCAUAAUAACAAGAUGCGCGUUUCUUUUCGUAACAAUAUUCACAAUGUUCUUAAUUUUAUAGAUAAUACAUAAAAUAAUACAGUUAUACAUUGCAGAAUUUUUAUUCUGGCACGAUACUCGUUUGUUUUUGCUUGUUCUAAUACCGUGUAAAAUAGGUUGUGCUAUAUUUAAUUGUGAGAACAUUAAUAAAUUAAUGUAGGCACCAAAAGGAGUAUGUGUAUGGUUUCUAGAGGUAUAUGAGAACCCCAUGGUCGGGCGGGUCGGGUUGGGUCAGGUUUCUAAAGCUUUUGGGAUUCUCGAUAGUUGGAAUUUUCAAUAAUGUUCAAGAUUUCAAGCAUUUUAUAUAAUAUGAUACAUAUAACAAGAUAUGGGUCCUAGGACUGCAUAAAUGAUAUUGGAAAAUAAUUUGACUG